CUUCUUUACAGCUUAACCCAGCAGAACUGUCUUCUACUCUCAAAUCAUCCCCCUCUGUCUUCAUAAUGAGCACCGUUAAAAACGUCGUACUCAUUGGCAGCACUCCUGCUCUUGUCGAUGCUGGUUUCAAGGUGACUCUUCUUGGUAGAUCGGAGAAGAAUAAGGAGGGUCUUCCAGCCGGGGUCAGUUUCGGAGUUGUCGACUACAACUCUAUCGACAGCCUCGAAGCUGCUUUCCGUGGGCAGGAUGCUGUAGUGUCAACUGUCGGUAUAGAAGCUGUUUCCGGUCAGAAGUGGAUCAUCGAUGCUGCCAUCAAGGCCGGAGUCAAGCGCUUUGUUCCCUCUGACUUCGGAAGCUUGACUACGGACCCGAAUGCCGCCCACUUGCCCCAGCAUCUAGCUAUGGUUGACAUACAAAACUACAUCAAGGCCAAAGCCAGUGCUGGCUUGAUCGAAUACACCAUCAUCUCUAUGGGAGCUUUCACCGAGUUUCUAGCGUCCGAUAUCCUCAUCGACUGGCAACACAAACGUGCAGAGAUAUGGGGCGACGGUCACGCUCGUAUUAGCACCACGAGCUUGUCUGCAACUGGCAAGGCUAUUGCUGGUGCCUUGAAGAACCUAGAGGCGACAAAGAACCGCAACAUCUUCGUCCACGAGUUCGCAGUGUCGCAGCGACAAUACUUGGAUAUGGCCAAAAAGUACGCAAAGCCAGAGACGAAGUGGUCUGUGACCAAAGUCGAGGAUUCAGAGGCUGAACUGGAGAAGAGGAUAGCCGUGUUCAAGGAAAAGGGUGACAGGGAGAGCAUUUACCCUCUCUUGAUAGGUUCGUUUCUGAGUGGGAAGUACAAUUCACACUACAAGCAUACCGACAACUCACUUGUCGGAUUGGAAGAGCUUAGUGAAGCUGAGUUUGAGGCCAAGGUAGCGAAUGCAUGCAGCUAAAUCUAUAGAAAAC